UAAAAAAAUAAAAAAAAAUUGAAAAGGAAGGCAGAAAAGAGAUCAAGCAAAGAACUCUCUCUUCUUUAAACUUUGGUCAAGGAGUACUUAUGGAGAGCAGAAGCACACCAGACACAGCAGGAAAAGUUAUAAGAUGCAAAGCUGCAAUUUGCAGAAAUCCGGGAGAGCCACUAACGAUAGAGGAAAUUGAAGUAGAGCCACCUAAAUCUGGGGAGGUUCGGAUCAAAAUUAUCUGUACAUCCCUCUGCCAAACUGAUGUCACCUUUUGGAAAAUGCUUGCAGGACCUUUUGCAGUUUUUCCAAGAAUUUUUGGGCAUGAAGCCGUCGGUGUUGUUGAAAGCGUGGGAGAGCAUGUAGAGGAAUUGAUAGAGGGGGAUAUGGUGUUGCCGGUUUUCCUCCCGAACUGCGGGGAAUGCAGAGAUUGUAAGUCUGAAAAGAGCAACGCUUGCUCGGUGUUUCCGAACAAGUUUUCGCCUGACAUGCCCAGGGACGGAACCAGCAGAUUUAAGGAUAUGAAGGGGGAAAUCUUGCACCAUUUCUUGUGGGUGUCCAGCUUCACCGAGUAUACCGUCGUCGAUGUAAACCAUACCGUGAAAAUUAGCCCUGAGAUUCCGGCUGAUAAGGCUUGCUUGCUUAGUUGCGGAGUCUCAACAGGGGUCGGAGCAACGUGGAAGGUGGCUAAGGUCGAAGAGGGGUCCACGGUUGCUAUCUUUGGGCUCGGAGCAGUUGGACUUGCGGUUGCAGAGGGAGCAAGACUUCGUGGUGCUUUGAAGAUUAUAGGUAUAGAUUUGAAUCCCGAAAAGUUCGAGAUAGGAAAGCAAUUUGGACUCACUGAUUUCGUUAACCCAGCAACCUGUGGAGAAAAGCAAGUCAGCGAGGUAAUUAAAGAAUUAACAAAUGGCGGUGCAGACUAUUGCUUCGAGUGUGUCGGGUUGGCAUCAUCAAUGGAAGACGCUUUUAGAAGUAGCAGAGAGGGUUGGGGAAAGACGGUGAUACUUGGAGUGGAGAAGCACGGCUCGCCAUUGACCGUGACUCCCCGUGAGCUUCUGAAAGGUAGAACCGUCACCGGCUCAUUUUUUGGAGGUCUCAAACCAAAAUCUGACAUUCCUCUCCUUGCCCAGAAAUACCUAGAUAAGGAGCUUAGUUUGGACGAGUUCAUAUCACAUGAGCUGAGCUUUCAAGAAAUUAACAAAGCCUUCGAAUUACUUAAAGAAGGGAAGAGCCUCCGUUGCAUUAUAUGGAUGGAUAACUAGCCUGUGUCUCCCCCUAUAUCGAAUGAUGUUUUUAUUUUCUUUUCCUAAUAAAAUGGGGAAAAAGCAGGUUAAAUAAGAAUGAAUGCUAAACAUUCAAACACUUUUUUUCAUAAUUUGGUUCUAACUUGAUGUGUCAAAAUCUCAUGAAAUUUAUCAUUUUGGAAAGUGUACCAUAUAAUCUCAUAGGAUUGUGACACAUCAGGUUAAAUAAGAGGGUCCUUGCUACUUUGGAUAUGGAAGAUAUAUUAUAUGGUGUUGUUAAUGUCUUAAUGACGGUGGAAGAAAAAUUGGAUGUAUUUCAUGAUUCCAA